CAGAAAGAAGAAUGGGGGAGGGGGACUGGUCCGCCCUUCCUGGCUGUCGCCACCUUGCAGGUUUUGACACAGUGACAGAGGGAGAUCUGAGAAAGGAGACAGACUGGAGGGAGCUACUUGUUCUCCUGGAAACCCGGGAGCCACUUGGUGCAGACAGCCCUUCCUACUUUCCCUGCGGCUCUUUUGUGUGACUUUGAGAGGGGCUCCCGGCGACUGAUUGCUACUGAGCGCCUGCUGAGGCGAGCAGCUGGGCUCCGGAAGGGAGGACCCGAGCAGAGUAAGUGGCCAGAGGCAGCCAGCACAGACCUCAACUGAUGGAACUGGCAUGCAGUUUUUGAAGUCAGCAGAAACAGAAAUCAAAUUACUAUCAUUUUAUGCUGCUGGAAGCUCAAGGAAAGGGGAUUCCACACCAGCUCAGUCACCACCGUGCGACAGGCGAGUCACAGGAUAGCGGACCCUGGCGACAAUGAAUGUAAGUUCUUAGGCUGCUGUCUUUUACUGCUGUGGGAUUUUCUUUCUGGUUGAAGUCACGCUUGGCCACGAUGCCGUCAUUGCCAUGAGAAUUUCUGGAGUGGAAAGUUCUCUGCUGCUCUUCGGGAUGCGUUUUUCUUUCACUAACCAAGCCACAGACAUGAGCUGCAAUUCCUGAUCGCCGCUGCGGCGAUUCUGCCUGAGACUAAGAAGCAUACCCAGUUACUAUGGGAUUAGCACUGCAUGGGUUUUUAACGGACUUCCUUAGCACAGAGGGCACACAGCCUUCCCUACGGAUUUCGGAUGCUGUUUUAACUUUGUGAUGGCUGAACUCGUGAAAUCCGCACAUUUAUCCCGAGAAUUGGCUGAAACAGAUUCCCAGCGGUUCCAAAACUUUUCUUCCUUAACCAGGAGCACGAUUGUGUCCCCAAAUGCUCAAAGGGGCUUUUUGUUGUCUUUGCUUCAUUGAGAAGUUACAGCUGGACCUCGGACUCUUCCUAGCACUGUGAAGGGAGGCAGUAUCAAGAGGCGUCACACUUCUGUAACUCUUACUAUGGGAGAGGAAAAGGCAGCCAGAGGAGCCACACAUGGUCUCCGCUUCAACACGUCCUAGCACCGGGACAUGAAGAUGAAUGGUGAGCCAAGGCUAUGACUUGCUAGUCUUUCCACACUUGAUCCGCUACAACUUCCGGCUUAGACAUGGAAAUUCUUUGUGAAGACAAUACUUCUCUGAGCUCAAUUCCAAACUCUUUAAUGCAAGUAGAUGGUGACUCCGGGCUCUACCGUAACGACUUCAACUCCAGAGAUGCUAACAGCUCUGAUGCAUCAAACUGGACAAUUGAUGGCGAAAACCGGACCAACCUUUCCUUCGAAGGGUACCUCCCACCGACAUGCCUCUCCAUUCUUCAUCUCCAGGAAAAAAACUGGUCUGCUUUAUUGACAGCUGUAGUGAUUAUCCUAACCAUUGCUGGAAACAUACUGGUCAUCAUGGCAGUGUCCCUAGAGAAAAAGCUACAGAAUGCCACCAACUAUUUCCUGAUGUCACUUGCCAUAGCUGAUAUGCUGCUGGGCUUCCUUGUCAUGCCUGUGUCCAUGUUAACCAUCUUGUAUGGGUACCGGUGGCCUUUGCCCAGCAAGCUCUGCGCAGUCUGGAUCUACCUGGAUGUCCUCUUCUCUACCGCCUCCAUCAUGCACCUCUGCGCCAUCUCACUGGACCGCUAUGUCGCUAUCCAGAACCCCAUCCACCAUAGCCGCUUCAACUCCAGAACCAAGGCCUUCCUGAAAAUCAUUGCUGUAUGGACCAUAUCUGUAGGUGUUUCCAUGCCGAUCCCAGUCUUUGGAUUGCAGGAUGACUCCAAGGUCUUUAAGCAGGGGAGCUGCCUGCUGGCCGACGACAAUUUUGUCCUCAUAGGUUCUUUUGUGGCAUUUUUCAUCCCCUUAACCAUCAUGGUGAUCACCUACUUCCUCACUAUCAAGUCCCUUCAGAAAGAAGCCACCCUGUGUGUGAGUGACCUCAGCACUCGGGCCAAAUUAGCCUCCUUCAGCUUCCUGCCUCAGAGUUCUCUGUCAUCCGAAAAGCUCUUCCAGCGGUCCAUCCACAGGGAGCCAGGCUCCUACACCGGCAGAAGGACGAUGCAGUCCAUCAGCAAUGAGCAAAAAGCGUGCAAGGUGCUGGGCAUCGUGUUCUUUCUGUUUGUCGUAAUGUGGUGCCCAUUCUUCAUCACCAACAUCAUGGCCGUCAUCUGCAAAGAGUCCUGCAACGAACAUGUCAUCGGAGCCCUGCUCAAUGUGUUUGUCUGGAUUGGUUACCUCUCCUCGGCUGUCAAUCCACUGGUCUAUACACUGUUCAAUAAGACUUACAGGUCUGCCUUCUCACGGUACAUUCAGUGUCAGUACAAGGAAAACAGAAAGCCACUGCAGUUAAUUUUAGUGAACACUAUACCGGCGUUGGCCUACAAGUCUAGUCAGCUCCAGGCGGGACAAAAUAAGGACUCUAAGGAAGACGCUGAGCCGACAGAUAAUGACUGCUCUAUGGUUACACUAGGAAAACAACAAUCAGAAGAGACUUGUACAGACAAUAUCAACACCGUGAAUGAAAAGGUUAGCUGUGUGUGACGGACUGGUUGCUGUGACGCUGGCACUUGAACAAGUUUUUAGCCCUUGUGUGUGGGGGUGGGAAUAAGGAGGCUGGGACAAAUUAGACUACUCCAGUGACUCAACAGAAUCUAUAUGCCUCAUUGUAUUCUGUGUAUGAAGAGCAGUGUACCACAAAAUGUGCACUUGGACAAUGUCCUGACGGCAUUUGAGCUGAGUGUUAUGGUUUUAUCAUUGUCCUUUUAACCUUGUCAGUGAGAUCUUUAAGAUCAUUGUACUUUACUGUACAAUUACAAUGAGGCAUAAAAUCAAUCUAAUUAAUUUCUAUUAUUCAAAUUGAAACCUUGCUGCCAUGUUGUUGAUGGGUGGCGCAGGAGUGAGUUGGUGAACUAUUAUUGUAUAUAAAAAUAGCUAGAAAUACUAAAAUAAUGAAUAGCCUCUUUUAAAAAAGUGUUUAAAAUUCACCAUGACACAUAUUUUGAAAAUAAAAAAUAGUAUUAUGAAAUUUGUAUUGCUAAUAUAAAUUAAUUGAAAUACUUGACAAUAUUUUUCAUUCUUGCCUUUUCAUAGAUGCCAUUUUGAAAUGUUCACAAGAUCGCUGGCAUUUGCUGCAUUUGUCAUUUAAUUCUCAGAUGUGGAAGGGUUUUAAAUGUUACUCAAUAACGUGCUGCUUUCUCUUCUACUUCUUGGGCUUAACCUGAAUUUGCAAUGUGAUCUUGUUUCGUAUAUUUUCCUCUCUGUAAACUAUCAAAGGAUAAUUUUGCUUUUCGAAAUACAGUUCUAGAACGCGCUUCAAAGAAACAGCACCCUGGAGGUAUUUGGUCACGCACUGUGGGACCACUGCAUUGUGCAUGCGCCCUUUGAGCUGUGACCAGUACAUUGAUUUGACUGCCACAGCUAAACAAUAAACUCAGGUUUCUCGCUGUUAGCAGUAGCUUCUUAGGCUGUUUCUGAAAAAAAAAAAAAAA